UGUUUGGUUCCGGCGCCGAGCUCCGUGAUUGGACCACAGCCGGCAGUGGCAGUGUACAUAGGCCACACAGUGGUGACUGGACUGAACUUCGACUCGGUGGUUCUCCGCGAUUGAAAGCUGUCAGUGAGACCGCUAAUUGAGCUGCAAGUGGCCGGUUUUUAAUUAAAUUCUACGCAGAGAGUGAAACCUGUCUGUGCUUGGCGAUAAUGAGCGGUCAUCAGAAAGAUACCAAGGUGGACUUCAUCAUUCUAACAACUCACUUCAACAUGGCUCUUUAUUCCACUUGCUUCUGGAUCCAGAACGGAAUCAUGCCGUAUUUGUCGAAGAAAUUGGGGAUGGAUGCGGUCAUGUUUGGUUAUCUACAGACAACGUUUGCUAUUAUUCAACUUCUAGGAGGACCCCUGUUUGGCAGAUUUGGUGACUUGUUUGGAAGCCGAGCUGCCCUCUCACUGGCGUACCUCUCCUCUGGCUUUACCUGUGUUCUGAUGGGGCUCUCAACAAAUGUGUCACUGCUUUUCCUAUCCCGCUUGCCCUCAGUAUUCAUGCAUGGGAUGCAAGCUGCUCAGAUGGUUGUGACUGACCUCUCUCCUGAGUCAGAAAGGGCUGGAGCACUGGGGAAGCUUGGUUUCUCGUAUGGUGUGGGAAUAAUCAUUGGUUCUUCAGUUGGUGGUUUUCUGAUAUCCAAAUUUGGGGAGCCAUUUGCAGCCUUCAUUGCAGCAGCAGGAUCUGUUCUGAACACCAUCGUGGUGAUGAAAUACAUCCCAGAACAUACCAAAUCCGUGAGACAGGAAAACAAGUCAGAAAUGGCUUCCAGUAGGAGCGUCUUCAAUGUGAAAGAAAUUUUCAGACUGUUAAACAUCCCUGGAGCCACAGAAAUACUUGCCAUUAAAGCCAUCACUGGACUGCCCAUGGGGGUGUUCCAGAGUAUGUUUCCGGUUGUUGCUAUGGAUUAUUUCAAACUGGAAGCAGAGUACAAUGGCUAUCUCAUGGCUUACAUCGGUGUUCUGCAAAUGGUUAUGCAGGGGCUGGUGGUUGGAUGGCUGACUGAACGACUAGGGGAGAAAACCCUACUUCCCUGGUCCAUCCUGGUGAUUUCUCUAGUGGGGUUAGUCACGGCAUUGAUGAGCAACAUCCUCCAUUUCUGCCUUACUUGCAUCCCCAUGUCCUUGGGAAUCUCUGGAUUCUACCUCACCACAAAUAGUAUCUUAACCAAAAUUGUUCCUCCUGCAGACACUGGUGCGAUGCUUGGGUUGAAUAUGUCCGUACACUCUUUCGUUCGUUCAGUGGCUCCCACUAUUGGAGGUUUCCUUUACCAACUAUAUGGGUACCCAUCCUUCGGAUAUUUGCAGUUCGCAGUCAGUUUGCUGGUCUUUUUCUAUGUCUUUAAAAAGAUUUCCAAUUGAAAAUGUUGGAGUGCCGUCAACUCUGGGAAGAGUCUUGGACCUGGCGGCUACUUACAGAAUGAAAAGGCAGAUUUCAGGUCCAGAAUCUCAAUAGUUUAAGAGAAUUGCAGUACCCAAUAGUAAUCUAACGUGAAUAAUUUCAACACUUGGUGCAUCAGCAGUUUGGUACUAGAGACGAGGAGGUAUGGUGAUAAUGGACAUAUAGCACAGCCAGUGCCUUGAUUUGAGUUGUGAAGAUCAGUGCUGAAGAGUUCUUUGCUUAUCAGAUAUUAGUGAAUCCCAGACAUUGAUGUUCAGCUGAUACAUGAAGGAAGUCAAUAACCAAAAACAUGAAGAAUAUCACACAUAACAGAAACUGCUAGUGUUUUCACAUGAAGUUAAUUUAGCUGAAAGAUAAUUAAUUCUCCAGUUGGGCAGUAGCCUUAUGGUUGCUAUUGUGCUGCAACUUUACCUUCUGCUCCCUCUUCAUCUUAGGCAAUCUUUAGGCAUUGAGGAUGACUUGCCUCCCCUCCAGUAAUGUGGAUUCUGAGGCAUCUGAGGAGGCCAGUGUGGGACUGAUGAGGCAGGAGGCACAUGAUGAGGCAGGUGGCUGGGUAUGUUGGGAGGUGGUGCACCUCUUCUGCCUUAAGCACUGGGCUUUUGAAUGCUUCUGAUUCUCAAAGCCAUCCUGAAUGCUCCUUCUCCAUUUUAUGUGGUUAUGGGCGAGUGGGGGUGUUACCCCUUUUCAAGGAGGCUCUGAGAAGCCUGGUGAUGGCUUUUCCUGUGGCCAGUGUCAGGGAGAUCCAUUGUAGACACAGUGCCUACCUGCCGAACCUAGAUCAUCACCAUUAGUUGCCCAUGGCCCAACCAGGCUGGUUCCCAAGGGAAUGCUACUCAGUAAUCCUUCAUGGGUAUUUUUCUUAUGGCUGGAGAGUGAGGGAGAACUUGAGGAAGGUGAGGUGGGACGAUUUCUGCCAAAUAAUAUAGUAAUUAUGCUGCUGAUCAAAUAAUAGAUUAUCAGUUUCUCUCCGACCAGGUCAAAUUGUGAAAACGAAUUCACUUUGUGCUAGCAAGAUUAAAAUAUAGCCAAAAACACUGAAUUAAAAACAGAAAAUACUAUAAAGACUCAACAGGUCAGCUAGUGAGAGAUAGGAGAAAUGACAGGUUAACUUUUCAGGCCUUUGGCCCUUUGUAAGAAUUGUUGAAGACUCAUUUGUAAACCUCUGGCUGGUUCACUACUGGGCAACACAAGCAUUACCUGGUCAGUCUAACGUCUAACUACUAAAUACUACAAAACCACCAUAGAAUAGCCCAGAAUUGCCCAAAUCCCAGAAUCAAAAUUCAAGCAUUGCACUGAAUUUAAAACAAAAGCAGAUCAAGUUAACCUCAUGAGGAAGUGUAAAUGGUGAUAAGAAAUAAUUGUACAAUAAACAAAAGUAUGUCAGAUGUUUUCACAAAACCUUAUAAUGAUCUUUUAACUAAAUAGUAAAUCUCAAUUUUUUUAUAGGUAAUUGUAACCUUGACCAUACUUCACACAUUUCCAAAGUGCUCCUGAAUUUUAUGAUUUUUGCCAAUAUUAUCAACAUUUUUUCCUUCUCUUUAUCUUUUGCUUCUUGACAGCACUAUGUAUUUUAUCCAAAGCAUAGUAUGUUCAUUGCUUAGACCUAUGUUCUUUUCAUUUUAGAAGGAUGAGGGGUGAUCUUAUUGAAAUAUAAAGGGAACAGAAAAAUUGAUAGAUACAGAAGGAUAGUGAGAGAGAGAUACUAAGAGGCAGGUGCAGAAUUGGGUAAGGGGAAUGGAAUUUGAACUAAAAGAAGAAAAUAUGAGAAAGAGCGAGGGUAAGGGGUAGUAAGCAAUGUGUUAAUUUAGUACCUAAUGUGGCUUUUAUGUGAAGGAUUUUUUGCCAAAGUGUGUCUACCUGCCCCGCCCCCCCACUUGAAAGCUAGCAAAGGUUACUAGUCUAAUGGCUUGUUUCAGUUUUGAAAAAUGAUAUCUUUCUUCUAAUCCUUUCAUAGAGCUGAUUUUAUUAACAAUAAAUUUAGAUGGGAAUGGGUUGCUGAAGCACAGCCUAGGAUGGGGAGGAGUUGGGAAGCCAGUAACAAAGUCAGAAGGAACCCUGAUUUAGGACAAACAUCAGAAUUAUUCCUUCCAUACUGAACUCUUCUCUUCUGGCUCCUGUGCACAAAAGUACUUUCUUGGGACAAUCCAAGAGGACAAAACUGCAGUCUGAAGACUCCGCUAACAGGGAUAAUGCAUUUGUCUCAUGUGAAACUCAAACUGCACUGUGAAGCCAGCACCUCUUGUUCUUCAUAGUUCAAAGAAGUCAAAUUUCAUUCAGAAGCCUCCCUCCGCUCUCUCUGUUCUUCCCCAGAAUCCCACUAUCACAAACAAACCAAUAGGGAGCAUUUUAUUUUGGCCUUUGUUGUUUUUUUUAACUUUAAUGAGGGCAUUAUAAAGUUCUUGUUAAUCAUGAGAUUAACUGACAGCUCUAAUUUGUUUCAGAACAUCAGACUUAUUUCAUUUGGGUAGGUUAAAGAAAGUAAGGAUGUAACAUACUGUAAGGCGUAGAGGGAUAUGGAAUUAAUGCAGGCAAAUGGGAUUAGUUUAGAGAGGCAUGAUGGUCAGUAUAGAUGCGGCGUUUCUUUGUUGUACAUCUCUGUGACUCUAUAAACGUGCUGAAUUCUAAGACUACAUGGAAACCUUAGUUAAAACAAUUGUCUGAAGAUUGGGUCUUCCAGGAGUCCCAGCUGUGCUUAAAAUUUGUAGUGUGUGUCUGACUGCUGAAUCCAAAAUACAGGCUGUUUAAAAAGUGUGUUUUUUAUUUUUCAAUGUAGUUUUUAGAAUUAACAUUAAAUUCUAUUAAUUCCCCUCCUCAUUGAUGCCACAUAUUAACUGUGGGUCAUUGAGCUGCUAACUCCAUUCAUCUGGUUAAAACAGACCUUGGAUGGAAGGUCAUGUUGUAUCUUCCAGUCAUAAAAGUAAAUCUACAUGGAGAGAAAUUUAGCUUAGGUGCUUAUUUGCAGAUUUAUGGCCUCCAUUUGGCUAGUCCUUUUCUGUUGGUAUAAUUGAAUUGAUUUUUAAACUUAUCUGACUGCUUGCCCAGAGCUGUCUAAUAGAGCAAUGUGGCAACUCUGACCAUGGCUUUAUCACAAAGGUUACUGCUAUAACUACUGGUUUUGGGGAGGAAGAAAGGGGACAUAACACAUAUGUUUAUACUUCUACCACAUGCACCACACACCCCCACCCCUCCCCCAAACAACCAGGUCAUGUCAGGGGAAGAUCAAUGUUGAAAGCUUGGAAAGCAAGGGAACAAUCGACAAAUUGAUGUCUCUCGGAGCAGGCCUUCAGACCAGUUCUAGUUCAGGGAAUCUCAGCCAAUGGCUCUCUGUGACCAACUUCUGUACUGGUUUUCUGAGCUGCAUUUGGAGUUAUGUGGAUAAUCUUCAAUCUAACAGUGCAGGUAUAAAGUUGGCAAGUCCUUGUUUGCUGGGGGAUGAUCUGCCUUGGUUUCCCCAUGGAAGUCAAACAGUAGCAUGGAAAAAGUCCAGCCACCUCCGGUGGCAGGAGAGGACGCUGAGCCAGAGGCUAAUGAUAUGCAGGAAGAGGGCCAGACAGCCCCUUACUGAGGACACUUUCACAGAAUUGCGUGUGCCAAACAAUCUUAGGCAGUUCCUCAGGUUUGAGGAUAACUUGAUUUGACUGAGGAUUGUAAAUUGCUUGUGUGUAACUAUAAAAACACUUAUUUGCAAGGAUUAGGGGAAUUACACAUAAAUAGCUUUCACACCAGAAAUAAAUAUUAGAGGACCUGAAGAAUUGUGGGACAGGGUGUUUGGUGUCUUUGGUUUGGGUAGGAGUGGGAAGUGGCAGGGUAUAUUGAGGAAGGUGAACAAGCAGAUGGAGGUUGGACAGGCAGAUAGGACUAAGGUGUGGUAAAGGGUGCAGAAACAUAUAUGAAGGAGAAAAUAUAUAUUUGCAGGCUGGGUCUGUUAUAGAUGAUUGAAUUGAUAAAAAUGUUCUGAUAAUGCACAGCCUGGCAAAAACAGGGAUUUUGUAAUAUCGUGAAACCAACAACAGACUGAAAACAGAAAAGAGAUGGACAUGGUUAAGGGAUCUGUUAAUGUGGCAGUGACAAAUGUUCCAAUGAGGUAAAUGCUGUGGCAUCAAGUAGUUGUAAAACAGGUUGGGAAAGGAAUGGAGUCUACAUAGAUGUGCUGAAGGAAUGGGAAUGGGAUUUAUUAAUCCAGUUGGCUAUGUGCUGUCGCACCCAUCGCCGUCUGGAGUGUAACCUCAAGGUUGAAAUUUCAGCCAGAUGGAGCCUGAAUGCGAUUUGUGAUAUGAAUUACUGAUCUUUGACAGUUAUAAAUACCACAGUAAAAAGUGAACCAUGCCUUGCUUCUACUCGACAGAUCAAUGCUGCUGAAUAUUACCCGAUUUUGUUGUAAUUUUCUGUACAUCCCUUUUGAUCAUUAUCUUGUGGUAUAAAUUACAAAUAUGGUAUUUUUGUAUUUAUUGUAAAAUAGAAGAAUAAAGAACUGAAUUGAUUUACA